AUGCUGCAGCGGGUUGGUGUCUCAAAGUUCCAUCUGUCAGCGCAGUCCAGGGGGGUGACAGAGCGGAUGAGGCCCAUGGGAGGGACAUCAAACGUGGGAUGUUGGCCGUGGGUUCGGGCCCCCCUAUUCCGCGCCCUGGUCCCAUCUCUAUUUGAGUUUGCUGGCCCCUCCAUCUGUCUGCGCAUGAUUUGGAGCUGGCUGUCGGAGGAGCGAAAGAAAAGGCCCACCAAUGACAAAUGA